AUGGGAAUGACCCGAGGAAACUCAGAGGAAACUCAGAGGAAACUCAGAGGAAACUCAGAGGAAACUCAGAGGAAACUCAGAGGAAACUCAGAGGAAACUCAGAGGAAACUCAGAGGAAACUCAGAGGAAACUCAGAGGAAACUCAGAGGAAACUCAGAGGAAACACAAAACGGCGGUGUCCUCUCUUGUUCUCAGGCCGACAUCGUGUGCACCCUCCCCGGACACAGCAUCCCCCAGACCCCCGCUCUCUCUCUCUGCGCCCAUCCUUGGGGAGGGUGGAUUAAAACGCAGGGAAAAACCCGUAAACAAGGGGAUAAAUCACAGCCCAGACUCCCGCGGUGUCCCGGGGUGUCAUGCCGGGGAAAGAGGGUAGAUCCAGGGGAAGAUGUGGAGUCCGAAAUGGAUGCUGGUGAUGCCUCCUCCUCCUCCGCGGAGUCUGUCUCUGUGGCCGGGGGCUCAGGGAGGCAGCAGACCGUCAUUCAGACCGUCACUCAGACUGCUCUUAAAGGCUCCACGGGGUGA